AGAAAGGCACAAGAAAACGAAACGCAAUAGGCAAAGUAAAGUUACACGGGAAAACGAGCAGAAAAACAAGCAUCCGAGGAUUCAAGCCUCUCUGGUUUUUGGUCAAAAUUUCACCUCUCUGAAACUGGUUCCCCUCCUCGAUCGCCAUGGAGUCUGAGAUCUAUGGCGCGUCUAAGUUGUUCUACUUGUCGUUCCUUCUCUUCUUUGUUGCAAACGGCGCUGCAUUGUCGGGAAACUCGGGUGUAAAGCAGUCUUCCCCGUCUAACUCCGGCCAAAUCAACUCUCAUUCUGUCCUAGUGGCCCUCCUCGACUCACAUUACACCGAACUCUCCGAGCUGGUCGAGAAAGCUCUCCUUUUGCAAACCCUAGAAGAAGCGGUCGGGAAGUAUAACAUCACCAUUUUCGCUCCCAAAAAUGAAGCUUUGGAACGCGACCUCGACCCCGAGUUCAAGCGGUUCCUUCUCGAGCCUGGUAAUCUCAAGUCUCUUCAGACUCUUUUGAUGUUUCACAUUAUUCCCAAACGGAUAGCGUCGGAUGAGUGGCCGAAGAUUGCAGCUAAGUCAGUCAGACAUCAGACGCUUUCCAACGAUCACCUCCACUUGACGUGUAAGGAUUCCGGCAAGAAGGUCGUUGAUCUUGCGACUGUUGUCCACCCCGACGCUGUGGUCCGCCCUGACGGUGUUAUCCACGGGAUUGAGCGGUUAUUGAUUCCGCGAUCCGUGCAGGAAGACUUCAACCGUCGCCGGAGCCUCAGUUCUAUCUCGGCCGUUCGACCGGAGGGGGCACCUGAAGUGGACACUAGAACCCACCGGUUGAAGAAGGCGGCACCACCUGCUCCUCCCGGUUCACCUCCUUCUCUCCCGAUCUACGAGGCCAUGGCUUCUGCUCCAGGUAGUGCACCGGUACCUGCACCAGGGCCGGGCGGGCCUCACCAUUGGUUCGACGGUGAGAGCCAGGUGAAGGACUUCAUCCAAACCCUCCUGCAUUACGGUGGAUACAACGAGUUGGCAGAUAUUCUUGUGAACCUGACGUCGUUAGCCACGGAAAUGGGGAGACUGGUUUCCGAGGGCUACGUACUGACCGUAUUAGCGCCUAACGACGAGGCCAUGGCGAAGCUCACGACGGACCAGCUGAGCGAACCGGGAGCGCCGGAACAGAUCAUGUACUACCACCUCAUUCCGGAAUACCAGACGGAGGAGAGCAUGUACAACGCUGUAAGAAGAUUCGGCAAGGUCCGAUACGAUACGCUACGGCUGCCGCACAAGGUGGUGGCGCUGGAGGCUGAUGGGUCUGUGAAAUUCGGGCACGGCGAUGGGUCUGCCUAUUUGUUCGAUCCUGAUAUCUACACGGACGGUCGGAUUUCAGUGCAGGGCAUUGACGGUGUGUUGUUCCCGCCAGAAGAGCAACAGUCGAAACCCGAAACGAAAACAGCAAAAACAAAAACGGUCAAGCCCUCCAAGACAUCUGUAAAAGCAAGGAGAGGGAAAUUGAUGGAGGUAACGUGUAAGAUGCUGGGCGCUUUUGGACACGGUUCUCGGUUUAGCGCUUGUCAAUGAAGUCUCCAUCCUAUACAAAUUCUUACUGCAUAAACGAAAAACACACAAAGAUACCUCGUGAUUCGCGGAAAGUAGGAGGAAGGAUGUAUAAACAAAGGAAGACGACUGUUGAUUUCUUAUAUUGUUAAUUUGGUUUUUUGUUUUUUGUUUUUUUUUUCUUAAAUUACUUGAUAUUGUUUAAUUGUGUCAUGGUUUUUCUCCCCCACAACCACAAGACAAAAGAGUAGGGGUGGGUUGCACCUGGACGUGUUAAAAGAAGGGAAAUCAGGAAGGGAUGUGGGGUUGUGCUGGGGUGGGGGAGAAUAAUCCCAUCGAUGUUUAUUAUCAACAGUAAAUACACUAUUUGAUUUGAGUACA